AUGGUGGGGCCGCCCGGGACCGCCGCUGCCUUCGCCGGGGAUCGCCGCCGCCUGCGGAUCGCCUCUGCCCGCGCUCGCCGCCGCCCGUGCGGAUCAGCCCUGCCCGCAACCUCCGCUUCCUCCCGGCUCGCCCUGCCCGGGAUCACUUCCGCGGAGGGCGGGGAGCGCCGGGCCCGGCCCCGCGGGAGGAACGGGGCAGGGCCGGAGCGCGGCGGCGGAACGGGGCGCGCCGGGAGCGCGGCGCUGCGGCUGCCGAGCGCCGCUCGAGCGGCCUUGGACAGCGUCACCUCGUCCCCUGCUCCUCCUCACCUGGCCCGGCUCUCCCGGGACGAGUGGAGAGCUGCUGCCUUCGGCACCGGCCUCGCAGCCCCCAGCUGCUCACACAGCGCCGUGGUGGGGAUGGGCCUGGACUCGCUGGUGUUGCGGGUCUCUCCCAGCCUCGGCGGUUCUGUGGUUCCGUGACCGUUCCAGGAGCGCUGCUCGCGGCCCGGGGCGGCUCCGGCGGCGGGCGGGGCGGGAGGCGGCGCGGCCGAGCGUGACGGGGAGGGCGGGAGCGAGCGGAGCCCGCAGCGAGCAGCGACCGGGCCGCCGCCGCCUCCGCCUGCGCAGCGCCCGCACCGACCCCGCAGCGCCAUGGCGGCCGCGGCCGCCGAGCCCAGCACCGGCCGCUACCAGCAGCUGCAGAAUGAAGAGGAGCCGGGCGAGGCCGUGCCGGUGGUGAGCGACGCCCCUCCGCCCUACAGCAGCAUUUCUGCAGAGAGCACAGCUUACUUUGACUACAAGGAUGAGUCAGGCUUCCCAAAGCCGCCGUCCUACAACGUGGCCACCACUCUGCCCAGCUACGACGAGGCCGAGAGGAGCAAGGCUGAGGCCACCAUUCCCUUGGUUCCUGGCAGGGACGAUGACUUUGUGACACGGGAUGACUUUGAUGACACUGACCAGCUGAGGAUAGGAAAUGAUGGCAUUUUCAUGCUGACUUUCUUCAUGGCAUUCCUCUUCAACUGGAUUGGAUUUUUCCUGUCUUUCUGUCUGACUACUUCAGCUGCAGGACGAUAUGGGGCCAUUUCUGGCUUUGGUCUGUCUCUUAUUAAGUGGAUCCUUAUUGUCAGGUUCUCCACCUAUUUUCCUGGUUACUUCGAUGGCCAGUACUGGCUUUGGUGGGUCUUCCUUGUACUAGGUUUUCUGCUGUUUCUCAGAGGAUUUAUUAAUUAUGCAAAGGUUAGGAAGAUGCCAGAUACGUUUUCUACUCUUCCCAGAACCAGAGUUCUCUUUAUUUACUAAAGAUGUUUUCUGGCAAAUGUCUUCCUGCAUUAGUGAAAUCCCCCCCAAGAAGCAGCAGGACACCUGCAGGAAGUGAAUCAAGGCUCUGGAGCAGAAGAAAAAAUAAUCACCUGCUUUAAAAUAAAUAAAUAAAAGUACUGUUGGAAAAAGAAAAAAAAAAAGGAGAAGCAUUUCUUUCGAUUUGUUUUUAGGUGUAAAAUUUUAAUAAUUAACGCAGAAUUCUGUAAUUGUUGACUCAUUAGUGGCUAAUGUUUGAAGCAGCUCUUGCAGUGAGUCUGUGCUGUGCUGAUGGAGCCCUUCAGCCAGAGUUUGUGGUGUUUGGGCAGCAGGAGCUGUGCCGGGGCCAGCAGGGGCCAGGCUUGCGUUAGUUCCAGCCUGGGAGCUGCCUGGGCUCUGCCUGUGCUG